AAACCAAAAGUAACGUUGUGGAUCUGCACUAAAUCUACGUUUUGUGAUUUUAAUUCACUUUCGUUUCUUCUUUUCUUGUGUCGUGUUAUUGUGAGAGCUUGUCAUAAAUGAAUCAAAUUGCACAUAUCCAUCGGUAUUUAUGAAUUGCUAUGUUAUUAUAUUUGGGACAACACGAGAUAAUUGUUAAAUGAUCUAUCAGCAUAAACUAUUUGCUGAAUACCGUUUUUUUACAAAAACGUUGAAGAUCCAAAAUCGUACCUACUGCAAGACAAAUCGAAAAACAAAACUAUUUGUCAUAGUUCUUGUAACAAAAAUAGCUGCACUAAUUUUAUAAGAUAUUUGCAUUCUUAUAUAGAUAUAUGCAUGUAUAUGCUUGAACAUCUAUUUAUAGACAUAACUGAUUAUUAUAUUUGUAUAUCAAACAUAUGCUAAGUAAAGAAUAAUGUUGGAGAACCAGAAAUCAAAACCACAGAGUAGUGACAGUACAGAAAAGAAAACAAUAGAUAAUUCUUGUAGCAUAGAAUCAGAACAUGGUAUGAUUACAGGUUGGACUGAAUCGGCCAAAAAAUUUGUUUAUAUGAAACGAUUUGGAUCAUCUAGAGUGCUUCGUAAAUCAGUCACACAAAGAAACAAAUAUUUACUCCGAUAUAAAAUUAAUAGAUCUUUGAAUUUUGAUAUUAACUUUCCAAGAAAAGAUAGUUUACGCCGUCUAUCACGUAAUUCAAAUUUGGAUAAUAGUUCCAUCAAUAUGAAUAAAUCAUCACGAUAUUCACACAGAGCAGCUAUGAUAAUGAACGCACUCAGUCGCAGCGAUACUUCAUAUGGCAGAAAUGAAAACAUAAAAAAAACAUUAACAUAUGACUCAAGUUCUAGCUCAAAGGAAAAUAGUAGUUUUGAUGAAAGCACUUCUAUUGACUCAAUAUUUAAUACAUCAUUGUAUACAUCAGAUAAAUCUUUGGGAUCCAAUAGAAAUUUAAGCGAUACUUCUACUAGUAGUGUACCAAUUAUAUCUUUGGAAUCAAUGGAUGAAAAUCAAAAUCAAACACCGCAGCAAAAUCAAAAAGUUGCUAAAAUAUUAAGUGAUACCAACACUAAGAAAAGUGCAGAAAAAUCAAGCUCAUCAUCAUCUGGAUCUACAUCGUUGCUUCGCAGCAACAUGAAAGAAAAGAUUGAUAGUAUUAUAUGUAAUGUGCAGACACCUGAGUUAUAUUUUUUAAAACAAAGUAACAGAACACCUAGCUAUGAUUUAGUUGCGAGUACACCUAGGAAUUUGCUUAAGGAGUUUAAUAAAGAUGAAGAAGAUAGUCCGCAUACACCUGAAAAUAUCAUUCAGUUCAUCCCAGAAAGCAUGAGUAGUAUUAAGAAGAGUCAUAAAAAGGGGAGAUCAUAUGACCCUGUGUGGAAUAAAAGUUUACAUGCGAAAAGAAGAACAGAAUCAUUAGAAGCAGAUGAUAUACUUACAAGUAGCAGUUCUUACAUGGCUACUGUAAAUGAAUCUCCAAAGAAGAGUAGAAAUGCUAAGAAGGCACUCAUUUAUAAUUUGGACGACGAAUUUUCUGACAAUGAAUCAAUAUCUGAUUGUAUCAAGCGGAAAACUAUAACAAAAACUGUCAAUUCAAGUGAUUGUAAGAUAUACGAAGAGGAUAUACAAGAUAUUGGUGAUAUAUCAACAUCAUCAGUAUCGAAUUGUAAUGAUAAAGAAAAUAAUUUCUAUUUACAAAAGGCAUCAUUAGGUAAUGUCGAUUUAAUAGAACGUGAAAACAGAUCGGUAUCUUUGGAACCUGAUUCAGCUGUUUCUCAAGACUCUAGAACUGAUAAUGGUUCAGUUACAUCUAAGAAAUUUGUAGAUGUUUUCGAUCUUACGAAUGAAAGACCAAACGAUACAAAAUGUUGUGAAAUGCGUGCAACAGCAGUGGGACUUGUUAAAAUGUUAGAUAUUCAAGAUCAAAGUACUCAAGAUCAAGAACCUCAGAAGAGCAUAAGCAAUUUCUUACUUAGUAGUAAAUAUUUACUCAACUAUAAUGUGAUUUGUUCGAAAAGUUAUGAACGGCCAAACACACCUGAAAAUAUAAAUUCGAGUAGACUUCUGUUGCCGCAAUUUACAUCCGUUAAAAAAUCACAUAAAAAAGAUAAGAGAAGGAAUAAAAGUAUCUUAAAUGUUUCGAAAUACGAUGUUAAGGGUAACGAAUGUCGUAAAAAAGCUAUUGGUUUUUUAACGGAUGAUGGAUUCACAAAAAAAGACUCUGAUAAAUAUAGAAACGAGUCGUUUCCGGUAAGUGAUGAAUUUAAAAAGAAAAGAUUUACGAACAUAUCUCUACAAAAUAUGUCCCUGCACGAAUUGCUAUGUUCCGAAUCAUUGUUUUCGGAAUGUGAAGAUACGGAUGAUGAAUUUAAAAUACAUACUCCUAUUAGAAAAAGAAUGUCAUCGAUUUUAGAUACUGUCAAGAACCAUGUUUGUAGAAGCAAAACGUCAUCAGAAGAUGAUAAACCAGUAGAAGCUACAAAUGCAACAGAUGAGAAUGGAAGAUUAACACCAAUUAAUAUGUCAACAGCAGAAUUGCUUUGUAAUAUAGACUCAAUUAAAAAAUCACAUAAGAAGGACAAGCAUGAUGGUAGCAUGUGCAAAAGACGAAUUCUAGAGAAGAAGCCAUCCGAGUAUAUUAAGGAAACUGAGAACAUGAAUUUUAUGGAUAAUAUAAAGAUAUCAAGAGAUCAUACAUCUCCGUCCUUAAAAUUGAAUCCAAAUAAUGAUAUUUCUUGUGAUGAGAUGGGAGUAUGCAGUAAUACGCAUAAUGUGAACAACAAAAAGAACGAGGAAAGCAUUUUUGAUCCUCAGCCGUCUACGAGCCGAGGAAACAAUAUUAUUAAAAAAGAUAUGAAGAAAUCGAAAAAUCUAAGUACAACGCCUCCAAAUAGUUGGAAUGCAAUAAAAUUUAUGAAACUGCUGCACACAACUUCUAUUAAGAAAUCUCAUCAAAAAGAACGGAAAAUCAAUUCGCAGAGUAAAUAUAUUUUGAUGUGUCAUGAAUAUGAUUUAUCCGAUGAUGGAUCAAUAUUCGAUGAGGACGAUAGAUUAACUUGUAUGGAAAACUUCAAUCCCUGUCAAGAUAAGAUUGAAUAACAUGG